GAGCAGUGGGAGCUGUCACGCUGAGAUCUGGUUAAUCCAGAACAUUCUAAACAUACCUGCUGGUCAGAAACUACCAAGAUGGAAAACCCCAUCCAAUGGGCGCGCUAUAGAUGGCAGAGAUUACUGUCUACAGAUGGAAGUAGUAACCGAGGCAUUUUAUCAACAAUCCAAGGGUGGUUCAAGACUUCUCAGACACAGAAAAAUGGACACAAAAACAGAAUAGUUGUUGCCUCCUUUGCAGGAUUAGAGGAGUAUGAAAAGAUCACCAAGUAUUACGUGAAUAAUAGAAUUCAAACCACUAAAUACACCCUGCUAAACUUUGUUCCUCGGAAUUUAUUUGAGCAGUUUCACAGGGUUGCAAACAUUUACUUCCUGUUUAUAGUGGCACUAAACUGGGUGCCGUUAGUGGAAGCUUUUAAGAAGGAGAUAACUAUGAUGCCUUUGGUGAUAGUUCUUCUAAUUAUUGCAAUUAAAGAUGCGAUUGAAGAUUUCAGGCGCUAUAAGUUCGAUCAACAGUUAAACAACCGAGUAACUGAUGUGUAUGACAAAGAGGAGAAGGACUACGUUCCACAAUGGUGGAAGGAAGUGCAUGUUGGAGAUUUUAUUCGAUUGAACUGCAAUGAGUUGAUUCCAGCAGAUAUGGUGUUGUUGUACUCCUCUGAUGAUGACGGAAUCUGCCACAUUGAAACCUCCAAUUUAGAUGGUGAGACCAACUUGAAACAACGAGAGGUGGUGAAGGGAUUGAUAGAGCUGGACUUUGAAAUUAACCCUGAAAUGUUCAGGAGCAGAAUAGAAUGUGAAAAUCCUAACAACGAUCUAAACAAGUUCAAAGGUUUUAUAGAAAAUGAGAAUAAAAUAAAAUUUGGUCUCAGUAACAAGCAUCUUUUACUUCGGAAUUGUACCAUUCGAAACACUGAGGCUGUUGUGGGAAUUGUCGUCUAUGCAGGCCAUGAAACCAAAGCAUUGCUGAACAACAGUGGUCCUCGCUAUAAACGUAGCAAACUGGAAAGAAAGCUGAAUAUUGAUGUUCUUUGGUGUGUGAUCCUGCUGUUUGUAAUGUGUCUGACUGGUGCAGUAGGUCAUGGGAUCUGGCUGGAAAAAUAUUUGGAAAUUGCUUCUUUUAACAUCCCAAUGGAAAAUGGGAAGGCUCUUUCUCUACCUUAUGCUGUGUUCUUCACAUUUUGGACCAAUGUUAUUUUACUGCAGGUCCUGAUCCCAAUCUCCUUGUAUGUCUCAAUUGAAAUUGUCAAGUUGGGUCAAAUAUACUUCCUGCAGAAUGAUAUUGAUCUGUGUGAUGAAAGUACCAACUCUUCCAUACAGUGCCAAGCCUUGAAUAUCACUGAAGACUUGGGCCAGGUUGAGUACAUCUUCUCAGAUAAGACAGGAACACUUACUGAGAACAAAAUGGUCUUCAGCCGGUGCAGCGUAGCUGGGGUUGAGUAUCCCCAUGAAGAAAAUGCAAAAAGACUGGAGUUUUACUAUGAUUCAGACUCGAAGACCAAUUUAAUUAAUAAUAUUAUGGAAUCUCCUUCAAAGGCCAUAUCCAAGAUGGAAAGCUACAAACCUAAAAGCUGGCUGCGAAGACACAUUUUCAGUUGCUUCUCUCAUGACAUAGACCUGAAGGGGGAAGCUAGUCAUCGAAACAGUUUACUCUCGCGUAAGGUGGCAUUCAGCAGCUCAAUUGAGAAAGAUGUUGCACCAGAUUCCGAACUACUGAGGAAGUUAAAUUUGUUCAGUUCUAAGCCAUUGGAUCUAAUGGAUAAGAUGAGUGGAGACCUCUCACUGGAAUUUACCCAAAUUAUUGAUUUUUUCCUCGCUUUAGCAAUCUGCAACACUGUAGUGGUCUCACCUGCAAACUACGUAGGCAAGUGGAUAAGAACACCUUCGAUUACCAGGAUUCCAAUGAAGUCUCUGGAUGAGUUAAAGCAACUGUUUCAGAGGUUUUCUGGAUCUCGUACAAGCCCAUCCUCUCUUUCAAGUUUAAAAGAUCCAUUUAUAGAAAGUCCCAGUUUAUUAGUUAGCAAACUGUUAGGUCGAUUGAAGGUAGCUUCAACCUCAUCAAGUAUAGUUGAUCAACACCAGAUAUUACCUUCUAGACCAACCAAAACAACUGUUCACCCUAGUUCACCUGAAAGACGUGCUGAAAUUCUUAAAAAUAAUAAUUUGGUAACUGAAACCAGUUCGUCCACAAGUGCUUCAAUAGAUGACGAGGGAGUUAAUUAUUUAAAUUUAUGUUAUGAGGCUGAGAGCCCAGAUGAAGCUGCCCUGGUACACGCUGCUAAGGCAUAUGAAUGCACUUUGGUAUCUAGGACUCCUGAUCAAGUGACUGUGGAUCUGAGAGACAGGGGACUAUUACACUUCCAGCUCUUGCACAUCUUACCAUUUGACUCGAUUAGAAAAAGGAUGUCAGUGGUUGUCCGUCACCCAUUGACUAAUAAAGUAGUUGUUUAUACCAAAGGUGCGGAUUCAGUCAUGAUGGACCUUUUGGAUACCUCAACUAAAGGUCGUAAAGGAGACAAACUGAAGUACAUUAAAGAAAAGACUCAGAAAUACUUAGACUUCUACGCCAAAAAUGGUCUCCGCACUUUGUGCAUUGCUAAAAGAGUGUUGAGUACUGUUGACUACAGUGAAUGGCUAAGGUUCCAUACGAAAGCAGAGACAAGUAUUGAUAACCGAGAAGAGCUCCUGCUGCAAUCAGCAGUUAAACUAGAAACCAACCUAACGCUGAUUGGUGCCACUGGUAUUGUGGAUCGCUUACAGGAUGGUGUGCCAGAUACUAUUAGGGCACUUCGAAGAGCUGGAAUAAAGAUCUGGGUCCUGACAGGGGAUAAACGGGAAACCGCUGUCAACAUUGCCUUUGCCUGUAAACUCCUUGAUCAAAAAGACACCAUCUUAAAUCUUCGCUCAGAUAGUAAGGAAGACUGUGAAGAUUCACUUAAUAAAAAUAUUUCAAAACUUAAAAACCAGACUGCCACUCAGAAGAUCACAAACCCCAGCUUCAAUGUUAAUUUUCUUCCAUCCUCUUCGGUUACUGAACCCACGACGCAGGGUCACCUUGGCUUGGUAAUCGACGGAAAGACUUUAGAAUUUGCACUGCAUGAAAGCCUGCAAGAUAGGUUCCUAGAACUCGCUGAACAAUGCCGUGCUGUUAUAUGCUGCAGAUCAGCACCAUUACAAAAAAGCAGGGUGGUCCAGCUUGUACGAGAUAAGCUAAAAGUCAUGACUCUAGCAAUAGGUGAUGGUGCCAAUGAUGUCAGUAUGAUCCAGGUUGCUGAUAUUGGAAUUGGAAUCUCUGGUCAGGAAGGAAUGCAGGCUGCAGUAUCUAGUGAUUUUGCAAUUUCUUGGUUUAAACAUUUAAAAAAACUACUACUUGUUCAUGGACACUGGUGCUACAGCAGACUGGCUAACAUGAUUCUUUAUUUCUUCUAUAAGAAUGUGGCCUAUGUAUGUCUCCUGUUCUGGUAUCAGUUCUUCUGUGGAUUUUCUGGGUCAUCCAUGAUUGACUAUUGGAUUCUUGUUUUGUUCAACCUUCUCUUCACCUCCAUUCCACCAAUUGUCUAUGGCAUCCUGGAUAAAGAUGUUUCAGCUAAGACACUCCUCCAAUUUCCAGAACUUUACAAAAGUGGGCAACAGUCUAAGAUCUUUUCAUCGUUAACUUUUUGGAUAAGCAUAUUGGAUGCCUUUUACCAAAGUCUGAUCUGCUUCUUUGUUUCAUACUUUACUUAUUUUGACUCAGAAUGUGAUAUAUACUCAUUUGGAUCACCAAUCAACACUGCAGCUUUGUUUAUGAUUCUAAUGCACUUGAUGAUAGAAGGCAAGACUUGGACCAGGAUUCAUUGGAUUAUAAUGGUGGUCAGUGUAUUGCUGUACUUUGUGGUUGGCUUGAGUUUUGGAGCAAAUUGUGUAAACUGUAACCCUCCAUCAAAUCCUUUGGGGAUCUUCCAAAACGAGAUGACAAAACCACUCUUCUACUUGAUCUGUGUCAUCUCUGUAGUUGCAGCUUUACUCCCCAGGUAUUUUUUCCGGAUUAUCCAAGGAAGCAUAUUCCCCUCUCCACUUCUUUGGGCUCGUUACAUAGAUACAUUGAGCCCAGUGGAACGUAAACAAAUAACCCAGGAAUGGAAGGAUAAUGAUGAAGCCUCUGAACAGAAAUAUUCAGGGAACAUCAACAUCACCUCAUUAAAUGUUAAGAAUCUGACUUUAAUACAAAGCGCUACAGAGCUGCAAACACCUUUACCUCAGGAGUUGGAUGUUGUACCUCCAAUGAAUUCAUUAGCAAAAUCCAAGGCACGGAGGAUUUCCACCACUGUAGACCAAGCGCACAACAUAUCACCAAAAAUCACCAAAGUAACUGCUGAGAAAAACAUUGAAAAGGUUGAACAGGGAGAAGUUAGGACCCAUAAACCACAUAACCAGAUGCAUAAAACAACCCCUGCCUCUGGAGCAUUGAAGACCACUAAGAAAUUGAAAAAGGAUAAAAUACAGAAAAACUAACAUCUCUGUCUCCAAUUUGGGAAAGGCUGAUGGGUUAACAGAACUCAUUCCAGCAGUAUCUUAGCAGUUGUCCUUCAGGAAAGUCCUAUGGACAACUUGCCAGGACAAUCUGUAUCCUUUACUCUCAAUAUGCAGAUGAGAUCACUAAUCUGGUCAGAAUUCCAGUCCAUUACUACUGGCAAUAGCAGCAAUCUUCAAAGCAGAACCUGAACACAUUUAAAAGUGACCAAGUUGUGUAUUGGUCAAGAUGUUCCAUCAUUCCAUGUUUUAAGGUAUAUGGGAUAUUGGGGCUUAACUUGGAUAUCAAUCUAUGAAUGUCUGGAUUUCACUGAACUGAAAUGCUUUGAUUUUUUUUGAAAAAAUUGCAUCUCUCAAUUACAAAACCAGAAUUGUAGCCCAUCUGCCACCUACUGUAGCCCUGUUAUUACUACUAGUAAACAUGUACUGGAUCUCUGACAGUAUCCAGGAACUACUCACUUUAUUACCACAAUUACUGAUAUCCCAUGGAUUUUUUUUCAUAGCUCCUCAUUAUUAGAGGUAACAAACUACUAUUCAACAAACUGAUUCUUGAACUGUUCACAGAGAUUAGAGAAGAAUCCUAGUGUAUUCUACUGCACACAGAAGGAUAUUUUAGUGCAAUGGGAUAUUUAGCCAAAAGUAUUAUGCCAUACUUGCUAGGAUAUGUGCACAUAAAUUGUACACUCUCAUGAAACCUAAAGGGUAUUCUCUGGUGUCUGACCUGUUAAUUCAAAUGGAAAUUAAUUUAGAGUUAUGUCAGCUGCUGGCUCAUAUCGUGAAUUGUGACUCCAUCUUUACAUACUCAGUCUGUAAAGGUUUCCAGCACAAAUCAGUCAACUAUUGAGAAAUUGAUUCUUUUUCUAAAUGGUUUAUAUGUUAGUUCUUUCUGAAACGGAACUCUGAUUAUUCAGAUGAGAAACCCAGUCAUGACUUGCUGUAGUACUUUGCUAUAAUAUAAUGUUGCCUUCAGUGAUGUAAAUGUAAAUAAUGUAAAGCUUGCUCUUUGCGGCAUGCUGUUUGUGCAGCUUCCAAAGACUGCUGCAGAAAGGAUUUCUUGUACUUUUGUGGCUUCCCAACUGUCCUACACUACAGGACAUCUUUUUCUGUAUUUAGUUACACUUUCUGUGCAGUCAAAUUCACUUACAGCAUGUACAAAUCUGAUGAAGUAAAAGCAAUUUUUACUAUGUCUCACUUUGCUUCCAAUCGAUUCAGUUAUUAGGAAUGGUUGUUACUAGAAUAAGUAACUUGUUUCCAUUCUGACCUGAUCCAUUGGAUGUAUGAGGAGACAUGGUGCUUGAGUGUGUGAUUUUAUUUUGUAAUGUAAUAGUACCUUAUUGCCUGUGAUUACAUAAAUAAUGGUCAAAAUCAUUUUUUUGUUUGUUUAUGAGUGACACUGUCUUGGGGGCCUGUUUAGAACAGUAUUGCAUUUUAUUUAAAUAUUGACUGAAGGUGUCUUAUAUGGGCUGUAGUACAUUUAUAAAAAAAAUUGCAAUACCUAAAGUACAAUUGUAACAGGGAUUCUAACUGGGCAGCAAGAACACAUGUUAAUUUAAACAAACUCUUUAGAUGGUUUGAAUACUAUUUUGGCAGGAUAUUUUAUAUCAGUUAUUGCAACGUCAAAGGUUAUUUUAUAUUUCCAGUUUUAAAUGCUCUUUAUGACAGAUCUUUUGGGUGGGGGGGGGAAUAGGAUCCAAUAUAGCUGUUUCUCAGUCUUAUUUGAAACCUCAACAAUGGGGUUGAAAAUGCAGAUUUGCAAACCAGAAUUGGCAGAGCUAAUUAGCUUUUAGUUUGUGACUGAUAUUGCUGUUAAAUUUGCAAACAAAACAGCAAUCUUGAACACCAGCAAUUGUCAUUUUGACAGUUCAGACCUCUACUUGGCAUAUAUUUCAGCUACUACACCUCCAAAACUUCAAAACUCUCUCCCUGAAUCCCUCCACCUUUAGAUCACCUGAAGAACUUCCUCUUCGACCGUUCCCACUCAAGUUCCACCACUGUCAAGCAAAUAGCUAUGUUGUAAAAUGUCAAAAAACAAAACUCCAACCCCAAUUAGUUUGAGAGUACAACAUUUUCAACCCCAAUAUGCAUUUUAUUUUGAUUUUGAAAAACAUUCUUGUUUUUUCAACAUUGAUCAAAUAUACCUUAUUCAUUGUGAUGCUGUUAAAAUGAGCAUUAUGUUCUCAAGACAGUCACUGCCUGUUAAUGACCUUCAAGAGUUACAAACAGAUUGUUUGUAAAGUUUGUCAAAUGCUGCAAUGAUGUUAAAAUCAUGUCAGAGUUUGCAUUUGCAUUUGCAAGAAAUGAAUGCACAUCUCACAUGCUCUCCAUUCAAAACAAGCAGUUUGUCAAAUACUUUUUCAUGAUAUCAGUGCUCAUUUAAAGCACAAUCAACUCUUGAAGUGAUGGUGGCAGUUGUUUAACUAUUUGGUGUACUUGCUAAUUGUCGUUUCCUAUUCAUUUUAAAAUAACAUUUUCUUGGCUACAUGUGAAAUUUAUGCUGGUUUAAAAACAUGUAUAGUCUUAUUUUGUAAUUUUCAAAAUCCAAAACACUGAUCCCUUUUUUGUUGGCAUUCUGCUAAAGGUUUAAGAAAAAGAUUAUCCUUUAUAUUGGUAGCCACCAAAUGUCCUUAAUCCAACUCCACUGGUGCUAUUUCCAGGAAAGGGCUUUCAAAGACUGAAGUUUUAAGAAAUGUUAUUAUCUUGAAUGUAUUACAAUAAAAUGUUUCAGUGAUGGAUGAAAGUUAUGUUUGUAACAAACUUUCAGGGGAUAUUAUUUUGUUUAUUAAUCUCCCUGUAAGUUUCAAAACUUGCUGGCUUCGCCAAGUUAUCUGAAUGACUUGCUGGUUUGUUUUUGUAAAGCAAGUCCAUGCUGUUUUUCUAUCAUUUUAAAAUGGUGCUAUUUUUAUUAAAGUAUACUGAUAUACUUAUUACAGUAGUUUGUCCCAUUGUGAAGAUUUAGUGUUUCUUAAACUCUUACAGUAACUCAUUAACUUUAGAAUGUUAAAAUAAAGAAAAAUGAAUCAGUUUCAAAAGCAUUUUAUUUAGUUUUUGACUGUUUUGAAUAUAAUGUGAUCCCAGGUUUCUGUUUGUGAAAGGAGCUUAGCUGAGUUCUGAAAAAUGUAGUAAAUGUAGCAGAAUCGGGAAGCUAGAAAAUAGUCCAUGUGGAAGUGAUCACUGCCAAUGUAGCAUUAGUAUCCUUUAACACAGUGCUUCAAAGUUAGGAUCAAACGUACGGUUACUUGCUGAAUAGCUAAUUGUGCAAUCAUAACAAUAGUCCUUCCAUUUUGAUAUU